AUGGAAACCGGUACUGAUAUGUUAUACGGAAAUAGAACUGGAUUAUUCGAAUGUCGCAAACGCCCUGCGACAAGGGCAAGCGCUCGGAGGGGAGCUGCAGCUACGGUGCCGACUGGAGGAGAGAUCUACCAAGAUAUGCUCGCGGAAGCUGGCGUGAAUUCACGGGAUCGGUCAUCGCCAGAGCGACCUUUAAAACGACGUCGUGCUGGGCCAAGCAGGGCAAGACCAGAGCCAGGAAACCCAUCAGAAGCAGCGCCACAGCAAGCAGAACCAAGUAAAGCACCUCCGGCACAAGUCGCAGACAAGGAAGAAGAUGACGACGAAGACGAGGACAUUGAGUUUGAAGAUGUUGCCUUGCCACAGCCAACGAUGCAGACCAUGGAGCUUGAAUCCGAUGAUGAUGAUGAGGACGAAGACAUCGUGUUCGAGGAUGUGGACUUUACAGCACCUCUCCAAGAUUUAGGCAAACCCGAAGAACCAAAGUCGUUGGAGCUCAAUCUUACAGCGCAUCAAUCAUCUACGGCCCAGGUAAAGAAGGCUGCCGAGCGGCGCAAACCAAUUAGUAGAGAGGAGCGCAAGACACGGAUGGAUGUCCACAAAACACAUCUUCUAUGUCUGCUGUCACACGCUGCACGUCGCAAUCAUUGGUGUAACGAUGGCAAAGUACAGGAUCACCUGCGACCGCAUUUAACGGACAAGACAGUCAACUACCUCACUCCCGGCGCGCAUCUUCCACAAUUUGGAAGGACCGAGAGCCUGAAGACUGGUCUCAAGCAGGCAGAGAGUGUAUGGAAGACGAAGUAUGAAGUUACCGAAAGGGGUCUACGACGUGCUCUGUGGGCGGAAGACCCAGAGCAGUUGAAAGAUUAUGAACCACCAGAUGAUAUGGAAAGCUGCUUAGAUCGUGACGAUUUUCGAGAAGCGGCAAAAAAGCUACAAGGGUCCAGAGACGUUGGAGCACAGCUAUAUUGCGCCCUUCUGCGAAGUGCUGGUGUACAAGCACGGUUGGUGUGCUCGCUACAACCUCUUGCAUGUACAUCUGGAGCCCCGUCGAUGCCAAAACCGAAGCAAAAACCGAAAAAACGCUCGACAAUAGAAGAAAAGAAUGCACAAGUACGAGCUACGAUGGCUAAGUACCAAGAAAUGGCCAGUGCUGGAUAUGGUUCACCAACUGGCGAUUCUUCAGCACGUCGACGGCUGGGUCAUCCAAACGCAACAUCAUAUAACUUUACACCGACGAUAUCUCCCCCAAAACCUCAGCCAACUUUCGAAACUCGCAAAAGAAUAAAAGAAUCCUCAUAUCCUGUGUACUGGGUCGAGAUUCUUGAUGUCGGACAUCAGAAGUGGCAACCGGUAGAUGCUGUGGUCACUCAUACUUUUUGGAAGCCGAAGGCCUUGGAGCCACCCAUUACUGAUAAGGAGAACUUUCUUUCCUACGUGGUUGCAUUUGAUGAAGAUGGCACUGCAAAAGACGUGACAAGGAGGUAUGCGAAGGCUUAUACAGCAAAGACCCGAAGAUCGAGAAUCGAUACUGCCUGUGAAGGCGGUGAUAUUUGGUGGAGACGGGUCAUGAAACUCUACGGCCGACGACGACGGACAGAUCUCGACCAAAUCGAGGAUAACGAACUCGUAGGAAUCGAGGCGAGAGAACCUAUGCCACGGAACGUACAGGACUUCAAAGACCACCCAGUCUUUGCGCUUGAACGACAUCUUCGACGCCACGAAGUUCUUGUUCCUGGAGCUACACCUUCCGGAACAGCUAAGCCCAAAAACCCUCUGGAUGAUGACCAAGAUGAGGAUGCCCAAGGAGAUGCUGGGACACCUAUCUACACCGAGGAUCAGACAGAGCUCUACGAGCCGCCCCCAGUGUGGAAUGGCGUGGUACCGAAGAAUAAGUUUGGAAACAUCGACGUUUAUGUACCAAGUAUGGUUCCUGCGGGAGGCGCACAUAUUAUCCACGAGCAUGCAGCACGAGCAGCAUUUAUGGCUGGAGUCGACUAUGCACCCGCUCUUACCGGCUUUUCAUUCAAAGGAAGACAUGGCACAGCUGUGCUAACCGGCAUAGUGGUCGCAAAAGAGCACGAAGAAGCUGUGCGAGCCAUAAUCGAUAGUCUGGGUGAUCUGGAGCAAGAAGUAGAGGAUGAGCGAAGAAGACACCGAGCACUCAAGGCUUGGAGGAAGUUUAUGAUGGCGUUACGUAUUAGAGAACAGAUUUGGAGCGGUGUGGAUGCAGAUGAAAGAAAGGCAGCGGAUGAUAAAGCGGCUAAAGAGGCACAGCUGGAUCAAGAGAUUGAGGAUGCGCCGAGUGAUGUUACUGAGGAGUUUGACAUGGCAGAUGAUGACGAUAUGGGCGGAGGGUUUUUGGUGGAAUAG